CAGAUUUCGUAAGCACCAUUACCCCCUUUUCUUUUUUCUUUCCCAUGGGUGGCUGGCUUUAACAAAGUACCAAAACCAUCCCUCAUUUUCAACCUCUCUGUCUCUAUCUCUAUCUCUAUCUCUAUCUCUCUCACACACACACACACACACAAUUUUCCAGCAUAGACAGAUACAUCGUAUUCACGUGGCUAUGCUUGGCCCAACCAACAAAGUUAAGUCCCUCCACUCUAAUACAUAUCAAUACCAACCAUAGCAUCCCCUAUAAUAAAAUCAAACACUACUCUUAACUGGAUCUUACAAGCUGCCAGAAUAUUACUCACUAAAUUUCACUCAUAUCCAUACCCCAAUUACCAUAGCGAAAUAAAUAAAUCUUCCAUUUUAUUUUUCUUAAAAAAGGAAAGGAUAAAAAGUCUUACCGGCGAUGGCUGGAAAUAACGAAGCAACCACCAUCAGCCACCUGCCGGAGGAGAUCCUGUCGAAGGUGUUUGCCGGCAUCACUGACACACGGACUCGGAACUCGCUCUCCCUUGUUUGUCAGAGCUUCUCUCGGUUGGAGAGGAAGACGCGAACCUUUCUCACGCUCCGAGGAAACGCGCGUGACCUGUACAGGAUUCCAACUUCCUUUACGUAUGUCACCAACCUCGACGUGUCGCUCCUAUCGCCGUGGGGUCACGCGCUCUUCUGCUCUCCCACCACCGUCGACUCUCCUAUCCUCGCUCAACGCCUCCGAAAUGCUUUCCCGCGCGUGACCUCACUCACUGUCUACGUCCGUGACCCUGAAACGCUCCAUCUACUUCUCUUCAACCCAUGGCCAGAGCUCCGCGACGUUCGUCUCGUCAGGUGGCACCAACGUCCGCCGGGGUUACAACCAGGCUCCGACUUCGCCGCCUUGUUGUCGCGCUGCCGAUCGCUCACCUCGCUGGACCUCUCAUCUUUCUACCACUGGCCGGAGGAUCUCCCACCUGUUCUGGCAGCGAACACAGCAGCCGCGUCCUCUCUUCGCCGUCUGAACCUCCUAACCACAUCGUUCACAGAGGGCUUCAAAUCUAACCAAAUCGAGUCCAUCACCUCAUCGUGCCCUAACUUGGAGCACUUUCUCGUGGCUUGCACUUUCGAUCCGAGAUACAUCGGAUUCGUCGGUGACGAAACGCUCUUGGCCAUCCCUUCCAAUUGCCCCAAGCUAUCGCUCCUUCACAUGUCAGAUACGUCGUCGUUUUCGAAUAGUAGAGAGGAAGAGGGUUUGGGCGGAGAGGAUGCUAGGAUUAGCCGCGCGACGCUUCUAGCGUUGUUCUCAGGGCUUCCCCUUUUGGAAGAGCUGGUUCUAGAUGUUUGUAAAAAUGUCCCCCAGAGUAGUUUUGCUUUUGAGAAGUUAAGUUUAAAGUGCCCCAAUUUGAAGGUUGUUAAGUUGGGUCAGUUUCAAGGGAUUUGCUUGGCAAUUGGGUCACGGCUUGACGGAAUUGCCCUUUGCCAUGGGCUUCAAUCCUUGUCUGUUAGCAGCUGUGGUGACCUUGAUGACAUGGGGUUGAUUGAGAUUGCCAGAGGGUGUUCACGGUUGGUGAGGUUUGAGCUUCAGGGCUGCAAGCUUGUUACAGAAAAAGGGUUGAGGACCAUGACUUGCUUGCUUCGAAGGACUCUGAUUGAUGUCAAGGUUGCUAAUUGUGUCAACCUCGAUGCUGCCGCGACUCUUAGAGCUUUGGAGCCCAUUCGGGACCGGAUUGAGCGGCUUCACUUGGAUUGUGUGUGGAAGGAAAGUGAUGACUUUGGACAUGGUUUUCCCAACUUUGACCCGAAUGCUUUGGAUGAACUGAAUGGUGAUGAGUUAAUGGAUUGCUUUGUGGGUGACGAAUGUGGAGAAGACACGAGCAAAAGGAAGAGGCGGAGAUGCGAGUAUGGAAUGGAGGAGGAGGAUGAUCUGUUUGGGCAGAGCAAUGGUAAUGGUUACUAUGGCAAUUUCUGGGACAGGCUGCAGUAUCUUUCUCUGUGGAUAAAGGUUGGUGAUCUUCUGACUCAGUUGCCAUUAGCAGGGUUGGAGGAUUGCCCCAAUCUGGAUGAGAUUCGUAUAAAGGUUGAAGGAGAUUGCAGAGGGCAGCCGAAGCCAGCGGAGAGCGAAUUUGGUCUGAGCAUUCUGGCUUGUUAUCCUCAGUUGUCGAAGAUGUGGUUGGAUUGUGGUGAUACAAGAGGUUAUGUCUACACGGCGCCUUCUGGACAGAUGGACUUGAGCCUGUGGGAGAGGUUCUUCCUUAAUGGGAUUGGCAGUUUGAGUCUAAAUGAGCUUCAUUAUUGGCCACCAAAAGAUGAAGAUGUGAACCAGAGGAGCCUGUCACUUCCAGCUGCUGGCUUACUACAAGAAUGUUACACUCUGAGGAAGCUUUUCAUUCACGGGACAACUCAUGAACACUUCAUGAACUUUUUCCUCAAGAUACCAAACUUAAGAGAUGUUCAGUUGAGGGAGGAUUACUAUCCGGCACCGGAGAAUGACAUGAGCACAGAGAUGAGGGUGGGUUCAUGCAGCCGCUUUGAAGAUGCAUUGAAUAGGCGUCAAAUCUGUGAUUGAUCACUUGUAAUGUUUGCUUAAGCCCCAAUCAUGGCACCGAUAGGAUUCAAUAACCGAGAGAAGAAGGAUACUGUUCUUUGAAGUUUUAAAGCUUGUUAACAUCACUUACUGUUUUGGUAGAUUAUUUGUAACUUUCCCUCUCUUUUGUCAUUGUAAAAUUGCAGGAUACGUCAGAUUCUUGAGUCUCAAGUGUAACCAUUCUAAUUCUACUCGGCCUAAAAAUAUAUUUUGUGCUUUUCAUUCCA